AUGCAUCCUGAAUCAAUAGAGGCCAUCAAGAAAGAGCCGUCUACAGGGGAGGGUAGUAUUGAACAAGUUCUCCUGGAUCCUUCCAUCAAUCGAACCAUUCGCAUCGUGAUGUAUCGAGAAGUCGAUAUGGAAACCUGCAUUACGGCUAUUUUGGAAGCUUUGGAGCCCCGGAUGAACGGUGACGACUUGGACAAACUAGAGGAAUUCAAGAAACUAAAUCCAACAGAUGCGUUUCUGGAAGGUGCCAUUAUUGAAAUGACUGUGAAAGGGGACACUCUGGUGUACAAGAAUGUAAUCGGAAAUGUUGGAAGUCUGAAAUCAGAACGGUUUGCAGAAGCCGUAUGUGAUGCUUACUAUGGUGCUGAGCCAAUUAGUCCAACGCACAAGGAGAGCGUAGUAGACGGUUUGAGCUAG